AUGGGCAUCAUUUCAGUAGUAUUAACCUCAAUUUGGUCAUCCCUACCAUCCGUGACCGUCACUCUUGUUCUACUUUAUUUCAUUCGCAAUUAUUUCAAAGCGGGUGUAGUCAAUAUCCCCGGACCAUUCUUAGCCAAGAUCACAGAUCUUUGGAGGCUCGUCGAUGUCGCCAAUGGUCGUGCAGAAGCCACACUCCAAUGCCUUCAUCAAAAGCACGGUGAUUAUGUUCGAUUAGGGCCGAACGUGGUCAGUGUGCGGAACUUGCAUGCCUUGAAGACAAUCUAUGGAAUCAAUAAAGGGUAUCAGAAAACAAAUUUCUAUCGUGUUCAGCAGCAACUCGUCAAAGGGAGACCGACUCCUACACUAUUUACUACAACCGAUGAGAACUUCCACGCAUCUAUCAAGCGGCCUAUCUCAUCAGCAUAUUCUAUGAGUACGUUGACCGAGUUUGAGCCUUUCGUCGAUAAGACUAUCCACACAUUAUUUGGGAAGUUGGAUGAGUUUGUGUCCGAGGCGAAAGUCUGUGACAUCUCUGCUUGGCUACAAUACUACGCAUUUGAUGUAAUUGGGGAACUGACGUUCAGUAAGCCCCUCGGGUUUCUGGAGAAAGGUGGUGAUAUCGACGGUAUCAUCAUUGCGUUGGAGCAGAUGCUUGACUAUUCUGGGAAGAUCGGGCAAAUGCCAUGGCUUGACUAUCUUUUUAUCAAAAAUCCUCUCAGGAGACUUUUUGGGGGAGGCUCAACGGGGGCCGUGGCUCGCUUCGCACGCGCACGACUGGACGAGCGAUUGAAUAUGAAAGACAAGGCAGCGUUAGGCUGCACCCCCAAAGACUUUCUCACUCGAUUUUUAGAGGCCAAGGCAGACCAGCCGGGCAUUGUAAACGACAACCAGGUCUUCUCCUACACGGUCAGCAAUAUGAACGCUGGCUCUGACACCACCGCAAUCUCGCUACGAGCAAUACUCUACCACACCCUUAAGAAUGACCGGGUCAGUGAGAAAUUACAACAAGAGCUGUCAGUCGCCAUGAAUGAAGGUCGGAUAUCCCUGCCAGUCUCGUGGAAGCAAAGUCAGGAACGGCUACCAUACCUCGAUGCAGUGAUCAGAGAGGCACUUCGGCUCCAUCCAGCCGUGGGAUUGAUGCUCGAACGGGUUGUACCAGCCGAAGGACUUCAGCUUCCUGACGGAGGCUCGUUCCUACCAGCUGGAACAAUCGUCGGUGCUAACCCGUGGAUAAUUCAUCGUCACCCACUUUUCGGGGAGGACGUAGAAUCAUUUAUACCAGAACGCUGGCUUAAGAGGAGUAUGGAAACCGAUGCAGACUUCCGAAUCAGAAAACAGAAUAUGAUUCGUGCAACGUUCACCUUUGGAGCUGGACCAAGGACGUGCAUUGGUAAGAAUAUCAGUUUGCUUGAGAUCUACAAGCUGAUCCCAUCUCUACUUUUGCGAUACAAGGCAAGGAUCUCCUCCCUCGGGUGA